AUGGCAGCGAAAUACAACUACCGCGGCAUCGAGCUUUGGCACGAGGACCUCAUGGACGUGGCAGACCGAUACACGGGCGGCUCGGCGCUCGUGUCGAACCAGCUCACAGCGGCCCACCACGUCCGGCGUCUCUGCGAAGCCCGGAACCUCCACAUCCUCUGUCUCCAGCCCUUCCAGCACUUUGAGGGUCUCCUCGACCGCGCGCAGCACGCGCGGCGACUCGACGAGCUCCGCAUCUGGUUCCAGCUCGCGCACGCCCUGCAGACCGACCUCAUCCAGAUCCCGAGCAACGUGCUGCCGCAAGAGCAAGUCUCGGCCGACCUGGCCGACCACAUCGCCGACCUCCGCGAGGGGGCCGACAUGGGGGCCGCCGAGACGCCGCCGCUGCGCUUCUCGUUCGAGUCCCUCGGCUGGGGCGCGCGCUGCGACACGUGGAAGGCGAGCUGGGAGGUCGUCCUGGGCGUCGACCGGCCCAACUUUUGGGCUCUGCCUCGACACGUUCAACAUUUGCGCGCGCAUCUACGCCGACCCGACGUCGCCGAAGGGGCGCUGCCGCAGGCGGACGAGGCGUUGCGGGCGUCGAUGGAGCGGCUCGUCGCGACGGUGGACGUGGCGCGCAUCUUCUACGUGCAGGUCGUCGACGACCGAGCGGCUGCGGGCGCCGCUGCGGGCGGGCCACGCGUUCUACCACGCCGAGCAGCCGGCGCGCAUGAGCUGGUCGCGCAACUGCCGGCUGUUCUACGGCGAGCAGGCGCGCGGCGGGUACCUCCCCGUGCGGGCGGUCGCGUCGGCCAUCUUCCAGGGUCUCGGGUUCGAGGGGUGGGUGAGCCUCGAGCUGUUCAACCGGCGCAUGUCGCAGGAGGACGCCGGGGUGCCGGAGGAGCUGGCGAAGAGGGGGGCGGCGUCGUUUGCCAAGCUCGUGCGGGACAUGAGGAUGAGGGUGGAGGAGCCGGUGCUGCCGGUGACGGCAUCUCUGUAGGCAAGCAGCAGCACGCAAGCACAGGGAUCAAGCGGGGGUUGAGAGUAGCGUUGUUGUUUUCGAUGUAA